ACCGUGAGGAGGGGGGGGCCUUCAGAGAUUUGCAGAAACCCUAUCAGACAGCACUUGGCAUUACGCCUCGCCUCGACGUGCCAGGGGGAACGGUUGCGGAUACUCGUCUUUCUCUGUGUUUCGUGUAGUGUUUUAUCUCGUGUCCGCGAUCUCUUAUGUUUUGACCCGGCUGUAGUAUUUGCAAAUAUUCUGCCGUUACAUCGUCCGCACAUGAGUGUUGUUGUGCAAUAUUGUGGUCAGGUCUCCACUCGGGUAUCUCGAGAAGACCAGGAGUGCAAUUCGAAAGGUCGCCCUUUCAAGAAACCAGGUUUCAAGGUUAAUUGGGAGAAGCGCAGGAUGAGAAAGUGAGGGGUGAUGUGUGUUUGGGUGUUGUGACUUCAACCUUAUGUUGUUCUUUCAAGUUCCCUCUCUUUCUGUUGAUCCAUUUUUUCGUCAUCCACAUCAUCUUCUUCUGCGUUUCGCCAUGCUCGUCUUGUUGCUCCUCCUUAUCAAGGCAAACAGUUGAAGACUUGGGAAAUCUGAAUCACGAUUGCCUUGGACAUGUUUUGCUGACAAGGUCUAAGCAUUCCGCUACACAGCGGAGCACGAUGUGUUCUAUGUCGGGCGUGACACGUCGGUAAUCACGUGCACGUUCACUGACCCUUGCCGCCAUAUGACAGGAAAGUCUGAACCGCUAGAGAGGGAGCGCGGUUGCGUCACCAAGUCGCAUAGCAAAGCGGGGGCGAGAGACAGCAUCGUGUUUGAUAGCCUUGGUGACGAGGAUUGUAUUAGAUUGGGAAAAGGAUAUCUGGCGGGUGUACGAACCCCUGCCGCAGCGGGUGUACGAACCCCUGCCGCAGCCAUCAUGAGUUCCAGAGUGAGUGGUUAACGCCCGUCGUUGCCAAAGUAUUUAAAACCACCAUCCAGGCAGGCACCGUGGUGGUCGCUUUUCAGGAACAACUUCCCGAUAAUGCAUUGGCCCUCGAAAUCGAUCGACGUUCGCAUUCAACAACUUGCACGGAAUGUAUGGGAAAUGACAGAGGUGAGUUCCGGGUUUGUCAAGGCGAGACGUAUUCGUGUGGCUUUCUGCAAGUGCAAGGCAGUUCCGCCUUGCCUUGAAACGUGGCUGCUGCUGCUCCAAGUUGUUGUUAUCCAGGCCCAUCUUAGGAUUUUGAUCGGUGCAUUUGCCUCCAUGGCGAAGUCAGGAGAGCGUAUGUUCCGAUCCUGGGCUCGGGACGUGCCCGACCAGGAUCGGUGCAGGGUGCAUGGAGCUCGUGCGAUCCAUCCUCGCUGCAGGGUGCCAGCUGCCCGUCACCCCCUACCGCCGAGGCCGCCGAAGAGACGGCUGAGCCUCUUCCAGGAGGGCCGCGCCUUGGGCCCGAGCCCUACCGGCUUCCGAGAGGCGUUGCACGGCGGGGAGGCGGUCGUUGCCACGGCUGGGAAGUUCCAAGGCACGAGCAGCGCCAGCGGCCCCAGCAGCCGCGGCGCCGCCCCCCUGGGCAGUGCGGGCGGCGAGGGCGAGGCGAGCGGCGACGGAGGCGCCAGCAGAUACCACCUCAGCACCGCGCCGGCAGGGGUUGGCAUCGCAGAGCAGGACGACGACACGGACUCGGACGCCGAGUCCACGCUGCGCGACACCAGCCCCCUGCACCGGUUUGCCCAGUCCGUGAAAGGGGCUAUGUUUGCGCAGGAGGCGCUGAGGGAAGACGCUCCAGACCUGGCAUCUGCCGUCGUUUUCGCCGCCGGCGCUGCACGUCAGGCCCCAAAAGUAGGCCGACUGGAGACCCUGGACGCGUUCCUUAUCGCGAGCCCGAGAGGUGGCCAGGUUCAGCUGCCCUCGCCCAACAUGGCCGUCGCCGGCUGCUGAGACGCCGCGUUUUCGAGCCCAGGCCUUGCGCCACGCAGGCCAAGCGCCGCAGGCUUGAGGUCGUGACCUUCUCUCCCCUGGACACUCGAAUAAGGAAAAGCGGCAUAAACAUAACUUCCGAGGGCCCGCGCGAAUUUUCGUCGUUGGGGCCCCCCCGGCGUGCUCCGCGCGCCAUCGGGGGGGUCCAGCGCCGAUCCAAGGAAUCCGCGCGGAUCUCCAACAGUUUAUGUUCAUGCCGUUUUCAGCCUCAGAGGAUCGAGGCCGUAACCUGCCCUCGUUGCAUCAGGGGCAGCGCUGGCGGGGAAUAGGUUCAGGGGGGCAUGCGUCGACCCACAAUCGCCCACUGACCGCCGACAAGGGCCCGAUGGGCCACCCGCGCCCAGGGCCGCGCGGAUUCGCUAUCGUUCGGGCGUCUUGCACGUUUCACGCGAGCAUGGACUAGCGUGGCGUAUUGUAUGAUAUCAAAUGUGUGAUCCCAUG